AACGAAGUGUGUUACAGUCACAGGUGCUGAGCUGUUCUUAAAAAACACAAUCCUAGGUCAGACUCUCAUGAUUUCUGGUGUCUGCUGCCAGGGGGCCAGAGUGUUUGAAAUGGAGCUGAGGGACUUGGUGUGUGCAGCAGGACAAUGUUUUACCGUGUCCUGAUGGGGGAUGGAAGACAAAAAUGUAAAAAGCUUCUUCUAGUUAAUUAGAAAGGACUUCUAAAAAUAAUCGGUUCCUGAAAGCUAGCAGGGAACUAUAAGCCUUUAUAGUAGUCAUAGUUCUUAGUUUUAACUGAAAGCUUUUUCUUAUAAAUGCACUUCCUCAUAAAAAUUAGCUUAGCUCAUACUUUAAAAUGUGGGGCUGGAAAUCCAAAGUUAGUGGUGGUGUUGGACUGGUUUGCUCUUCAGCAGAAGUAUUUUCCCUUUCUACCUCCCGCCUGAUGUACCACCACGGUUAAUGGGAUGAGGUUCCUAUCCUGGAAAUGAGCUGCUGCCUGUGGGUUUCUGCAGAGAGAGUCCCGGGUUAGAUCCCCUGCCCUGUGCCGAGUUUGUGUCCGGGCCACGGAGGAGCAGCCUGGGGCAGCCGAGGGUGGCACAAGGCUGGGCCAGCGCGCUCCUUCCUCUCUUCAGGGCGAUCCAGCUCCUCUCAGAGCACCUCACAUUCCCCCUUGGAGCAGCUGGCGGUCACACCGUGACCUGUACAAGAACCACCUGAAAAUGUCUCAGAAUCCUGACAAGCUAAAUUCAAGUGAAGAAAAGUUGAGUGGUUUGGAGGAUGAUCAGGACGAGAACUUGGACAACUCGGAUCAGUCUGUCCGAAAAAGAAUACGACAGAGUGCUCCAGGGUCACACAGAGAUGAUACACCAAAGUCCACUCCCUCUCGGCCUGUGUCAAUAGAAGAGCUCAUGGAGACAGCAAAGGCAGUCACCAACAUGGCACUGGCACACGAAAUUGUGGUGAAUGGAGACUUCCAGAUAAAACCAGCUGAAUUGCCAGAACACAGCUUAGAGAAGAAAGUCAGAGAUAUUGUGCAUAAAGCUUUCUGGGAUUGUCUGGAAGCUCAGCUGAAGGAAGACCCCCCGACAUAUGAUCAUGCAAUUAAGCUAUUGGGAGAAAUUAAGGAGAGUCUUCUGUCUUUCUUGUUGCCUGGUCAUACUAGACUGAGAAGCCAGAUUACAGAAGUUCUUGACCUGGAUUUGAUAAAACAGGAGGCAGAGAAUGGGGCCCUUGACAUUUCUAAGUUGGUCAAAUUUGUUAUUGGGAUGAUGGGGACUCUCUGUGCUCCAGCUCGAGAUGAAGACAUUAAGAAACUGAAGGAUAUUCAUGAAAUUGUUCCUCUUUUCAGAGCAAUUUUCUCUGUAUUAGACCUAAUGAAAAUGGAUAUGGCAAACUUCGCUGUCAGUAGUAUUAGGCCAAAAUUAAUGCAGCAGUCUGCUGAAUAUGAAAGAAAGAAGUUUCAGGAGUUUCUUGAGAAACAGCCAAAUUCUUUAGACCUUGUCACAAAGUGGUUGCAAGAAGCAGCAGAUGAUCUUGCAAAGCUGGGACAUGAAAUGUUGCCUCCCCACCGUAGCGAUGGUGCCACUGGUGGAGCUUCUGCCUUGUGCUUCACUGCUGUACAAAAUCAGGCCUAUCUGAAGCUCCUGAAGUGGGAUCACGUGAACAGGCCUUUUCCAGAAACGGUGCUCAUGGACCAGACACGCUUCCUGGAGAUCCAGCUGGAGCUGGAGCAGCUGCUGCUGGUGGGGACAGUGCUGCUGGUCACCUUCAGUGCAGCAGGCCCAGCACUCGUCGAUGUGCCUGGAUUCGCCGAGAAAAUCAAAACCAUCGUCAAGGUGCUGCUGACGGGAAUGCAUCUUCCCUCCUUUAACCUGAAGGAAUCCCUGGCCACCGUGGGUGAGAAGGUGUGUGCUGAAGUGAGCAGCUGCCUUUGCCAGCAUGGCUUUACCCCGUUCUCAGCUGAGAGAGAGGCUGUGCUGAAGGGACAGAUCCAGGCGGUGGCCAGCCCGGAUAACUCCAUCUGCAAGCUCAUUGAUUCUCGAAUUCAAAAGUUUCUGGAGAAUUAUCUUGCAUCCAGUCACCAAAAAUCAUUGCCUGCCAUUCCUGGAGGAUUAGGCCCUAUCCAGAGGGAGCUGGAGGAGAUUGCUGCCAAGUACAUUCGUCUUGUCAACUACAACAGAAUGGUCUUCAGCCCUUACUAUGAUGCAGUCCUUGGCAAAAUACUGACUAAGGAAGAAUCCCAAAUUGUAGGGAAGUCAGAAGAAUCAUAAAACCAAUCCUUGUGCUACCAAUACAGUAUUGUCAGCUACUAAAUAAAACUUGUACCAAUAUUUGUUUAGGAAAACAGCUUUCCGUGUAAAUACUGGUUCCUUUUAACCCACAAGUGGUGACUGGUGAGGGAAAUACAGGAGAUGCAAAAAAGGUCCUGAGGUAAAAGAUGAGAGAUGCAUUUCUAAUAUAAUUAUGCAACCUGGGGGGGGGGAAUAUCAUGGGAGUUUUCUGGCUGCAAUUUUUAGAUUUUUGAGCUGAUGAUAGAUAGAGCAAGUUUAAGAACCAAACUUUGUAUUUAAGUGGCUCGUUUUUAGGGCAUUUAACUCUUCAUUUACAGUGAAUUUAGUUGAAUUUAUCCACAGCUGAUUAGCAAUGGUUCUUCCCAGAAAGGAUGAUUUGGUUUUUUAAAAAAAUCUUACUUUAAAGAAUUAAUAAAGCUAAAAUUCAAAAGAAGAACUUUACCAGACAAAACACCAAGCCAAGCAGCACUUUACUGUAACAUUAUGGUGAGUAUGGUAGGCUUACUGGCUUUUUCUGUAUUUUACUGCAUUUUUAAUAGCAUUUUUUUGCUGUUUACCUGCAGAUGUUACAAAACAUAAUAUAUUUUUGUAGCAAAUUUUCUGGUUAUUGGGUAACUGUCCUCUGCUAUGUACAGUACUACCAGAGGUGGCAAUCUUAUAGAUUGCAGCUGUAUUUAUAUCUUGUAAAGAUUUCAGAAAGGGCAGAGCUAAAAUGUUUUGAUAAAAGUGGCAUUUCUUACCUUUUUGUUGCUAGUAAUUUACUCCUUUUUAGGUGAAACACUAGUUUUAAAGUAAAUUGUCAUUUGCAGAAAGUGGAUUUAAAGUGUGUGAAACUUUAGGUUGAAAAUUUGGGGUUUUUAAAAAAAACUACAACAGGAGAUGGUUGCAUAUUCAAUCAUGUCUUCAAAAAUAUCUGGGAAGUGCAGAGCACUGUGGGCACUAUAAGUGAUUUUAAUGUACUGUGAGAGGUGAAUGGUUUGAUGUUAGUUUGAAUAUACAGGGAAUAUUUUAGUAGAUUUUUUUCACUUUGUAGAGGUGUUCUUGAAACUUAGAAUAUUUGUAGGUCUUGAAUUUAAUGAGCUACUUGUUGUAUAGAGGAGAAGAGCCCAGUGAUCUUUUACAUUGCAUUCUCAGGCUCAGCUGGGAGGUAAGUGAAAUUUUCCUGUGGUUGAGUACAACAGUGUAUUACAGUAAUCAAUAUUUGAUGGCUUUAUGAAAGCAAAGUUUGUAGUUACACACAGUAAGUGGCCCAAGCAUGAGGUUGUCCAAACCAGAACGUGCUGUCUUUAAAAAAAAAAAACAAGCAAAAAGGUGUGUGAAAUAAAUUAAAUAAAGGGGCCCUUGUAUUGCCAACAGGCAGGUUAAUUUAGGAAUCAGCCAAAGUAACAGAACUUGUUCUUGAUUAUGAUCCACUGUUGAUGCUUCCCUUUCCAGUUUCAUUUAAAUGUCAGUGGGGAUAAAGAUGAACCAACUUCGUGUUUGGAGGGGGAUGGAAGAAAUAAGACCUUUUUUUCUAUAUUAGCCUAUGCAACUCUAAACCAAAUCUUUUCUCAAUCAUUACAAACCCCUUCCCCAAGGGGAAAACCCAGCAAAACCCUGUGAAAGUUCAUCAGCUCAGACAAGUGAUUUUUCUCUUGGCCAAAUAUACUCAGCCAGCAAAAUGAAUGUCUGUCUUCGAAUGCUUCUUUGAGAACUCAAGAUGAGGUUGAUUAGCCUGAGAGAAGGGUUCUGAAUAGGGUCUAUUUCAUUGUUUGGAUCAGCAAAGGAUUCUAAAAUCUAAAAGAGAUCUUCAGGGCUUGCAGGGUUUUGCUGUUAGAACAGGUUCUGUCUCACCACACAGCCUAAAGCUCUGCAGCUGCACAAUCUCCCUCAGCCUGUGCUGAAUGAGCUACCAGAGCCCAGGAGAUCGAUCACCAAGGCAAAGCUGGGUUCACUUUUCUUAACUGAGAGCUGCCCAAGUUAGAAAUGGCUGCUGUUGCUUUAUCUCUCAGCAGUGCCAGGAGAUUUGCCAGGAGCUGCCUUUGGAGGCAAUGGUGCUGCCUGCACAGCAGUAGGUGAGGUACAGCACAAGGGUGUGGGGAGGAACAUUGUGGUGAGGCCUAGAGAAGCCCUUGAAGGGUGUGUGUGACUGAUGGCAGAGUGCAGGGCACUGCUCUAGCAGUGGCUGAAGCUCCAGCUGAGGAGAUGCUGCUCCCAGGGCUGGGAGUCAGGGCCCGUGAGGCCAUGGCAGCAGGGACUGUGCUUGUAUUGCUUGCAGGGUCCACACAGGGAAUCCCAUCUCUCCUCUCAGGGGGGCUUUGAGCCUAAGCCUUCAUGUAGCAGAAAUAUCCUAGAAUGAAGGAACAGAGUGCAGUACUCACCUGUGGCUCCCCUCUCACCUCCAGGGCCCACACAGAAGGAACAAACGCUCCUGGCACAAGUGCUGGGGGCCUUUCAACAGGAAAGAGCUAAAGGAAAUGCAAUAAAUGCCCACAAAGCAUGGUAAUGGUUCUCCCAGGUUGUUCUUUUUAACCAGUGUUUGACAAAACACUCUACAUCCUCUCUAAAAGAAACAGGGAGAUGCAAUUGAGUGGCAAAGCAAGGAGGAUGCUCCAGGAGGGCGAAGGCCAGCCCCAUCUCCGUGUGCAGGUGCUGCUUCACCCCCUGCCCUGGCAGAGAGGAGCCCUGCCUGAGGCAGCUGGGCUGGGAAUGGCUUUCAUUUGCCCCAGGCUCUGACUGUCCUGUAGUCCAAGGGAUCUUAUCAGAGUGCAAUUCCAAACAGCCAGUUCCAAGUUAAAAGCUGAAGUACGCAUAGAAACUGCUUGGAAAGCUCACAUAGUGUUUUUUUUUAGCUUGUUUGAAGAUAACAAGUGCAAUGAUGUAGCUGAUUAUUAACAUUUAGCUUUGUACAUUACGUGGAAGACCAGUGCAGGUAUCCAGGACCAGGCUGUGUGAGCCAGUGCUCCUGGACUACCCACACUGAACUGAGUUAGUCUCACGAUGCUGUCUUCAAACAGUCCUGGAAUUACAAGCCAAAGUGUGCUGUAUCCUCUAGAAAAUGGAAACCAAGCUCAUUCUAAUAUGUAUGCUCUGAUCAAUUUCCUGUGACGGUAUAAUUAGCAUUGCUUUUGAAGUGGCUGAGUAAUAUUUAAGAAGUACCUUGUUGUGUUUGAAUAAAAUCAGAAUGAGGCAUGA